UGCUUACGGUCACAUUGGCAGAGAGCACCUUGCUUUGGAAAAAUAGUGUUUUAAAUUACACAAUAGCUAUAUUUUAAAAGAAACCAAUGAGUAUAAGAUAUAAAGUGAAAAUACAAAUCAAUAAAACGGCGUAAAAUGCUUAGAUUAAGCCAUAUCUUUCGACUUGGCAGCACAAUGCGGCAACGCCAACUUCAUACCGGCGUUACAAGACUCAAGCGCCGCAAGACAGCUGAAGAGAAGAAAUCCCCUCGAAUUAUAGAGUAUUCGCCCAAGAAGUUGCAAUCUUCCAAUGCAGCGACCGCACACGGCACCACCGACAUUUGGCGAUACAUGACCGUAGCAGAGCUGGCAAAAACAUUGGAAAGGCCUUUGGACGAUGUCCAGGAGGCCAUGUUGUAUGUGCCUGGCGCGGACAACAUCGAGGCGGGCGCCAAACUGGAGGAUUUGAAGAUCAUUCAGAACAUUGCUAAGAAGUUGGGCGCUAAAACACGUGUUGUGGCCGCACCUGAAGCAGGCACAGAGGACGAGCACAAGGACCGUGAUGUCUUACCUCGGCCACCCGCUCCGCCAGAGCUGCUAAAACACCGUUCACCAGUGGUCACUGUGAUGGGUCAUGUGGAUCAUGGCAAAACAACGCUUUUGGAUUCUCUGCGAGGGGCAGAUGUCGCUGCUGGCGAAGCAGGUGGUAUAACACAGCAUAUUGGCGCCUUCACUGUUACACUGGAGAACGGCGAAAAGGUCACGUUCUUGGAUACCCCUGGACAUGCCGCAUUCAGUGCUAUGCGAGCUCGCGGGGCCGUUGCCACAGAUAUUAUUGUGCUUGUUGUAGCCGCCGAGGAUGGUGUGAUGGCACAAACCCGUGAGGUCAUUCAGCUGGCUAAAGAGGCACAGGUGCCCAUAAUCGUAGCGUUGAAUAAGAUUGACAAGCCCGAAGCGAAUAUAGAAAAGAGCAAACGCGAAUUGGCGCAAAUGGGCUUGGCACUAGAAGAGCACGGUGGAGAUGUUCAAGUUGUACCCAUAUCGGCACUAAAAGGAACAAAUUUGGAGCUUCUGGCGGAAGCAGUUAGCACGCAGGCUACACUAAUGGGUCUAAAAGCAGAUCCUACAGGUCUUGUGGAGGGCAUUGUAGUUGAGUCCAAGACUGAUCCACGCCGUGGCAAGUUAUCUACGGCCAUUGUCACUCGCGGUACAUUGCGCAAAGGCUCAGUGUUACUGAGUGGGUUAGCGCAUGCUAAAGUACGUGGUCUCUUCGAUCACAAUGGGACGCCGGUAGCAGAGGCCGCGCCUGGCACGCCUGUGGAAAUACUAGGUUGGCGCGAGUUGCCACUGGCUGGUGACCUGAUUCUUGAGGUAGAAACAGAGAAAAAAGCGCAUGCAGCUCUCAAAUAUCGUGAACACCAGGCCCAAGUGGCGAAAGUGGAAUCAAGCAGCGAUGAAAUUCGGAAAAAGGAGGAGGAACAUCAUGCAAAGUAUCGUGCCGAGCGUGAGGCUCGUCGCCUGGCCGGUCGUUUUAGAACGCGAGGCGGCCAACGGGUGAAGCAGGUCGAUAAAAAUGAAGGCGUUCCACGCGUGAGCGUUAUCGUCAAGGGUGAUGUGCAUGGUUCUGUAGAAGCCAUACUGGAUGUGCUGGAUACCUACAAUAGCAACGAUCGCUGCCGCCUCGACAUCGUGCAUUACGGUGUGGGCAAUGUUACCGAAGGUGAUGUUGAGCUGGCCAAAGCAUUUAAUGCUAUAAUUUAUGCCUUUGCCGUGGAAACGCCACAGGCCAAGCAGGUCAAGGAUGUGAAUGUUAAGAGCUAUAAUGUCAUAUAUCGUCUGAUUGAUGAUCUCAAGGAGCAGUUGAGCAGUCAAUUGCCAGCUGUGGAGGUGGAGGAGCAGCUCGGUGAAGCUAAUGUGCUGCAACACUUCUUUAUCAAUGAGGGGCGCAAAGAGAUCCCGGUGGCUGGUUGCCGCUGUACCAAGGGAGUUCUUAAGAAGGCCCAAAGGUUCCGCUUGAUAAGAGAUGGCGAGGUCAUUUACGACGGUGUCUUGGAGUCGAUGCGUCAUUUGAAAAACGAGGUGGAUUCCAUCAAAAAAGACGUAGAGUGUGGUUUGCGCUUUAAGGAUGCCAAGGUACUGCCGCAGCCGGGGGACAUAAUACAAUGCUUUACCACGCACAUGGAGGCGCAGAAAACGGAUUGGGAUCCUGGCUUUUAGUUAAUUGCCGUUGAAUAACUGAUUUAUAUUGUUGCCGCUGCUAUUGUUAUCGCCAUUUCAUACAUAUAUCUA